AUGCCCACACGCAAAGCUGCGCUUCGAGGCGCAGCGGCUCGGCGACGCGCUGCCGCCUCGGCUUCGCGUGCCGAUCCCGUGCGGUCCACGGCUACCGGUGGCAUGUCGCCGGAGGCCUUGCAUCAUCAGAUCAUGCGCAAUGCCUAUGUUGUGGCCCAGUCUCAGCUGCUCCAGUUAGCCAAGCAGAUGGAGUUUGAUGUGGAUCUCUCGCCAUGGGAAGAAGAGGCGCAUGACAAAAUGCAGGAGUUUUGGGAUCAGAUGCGGCAGAAUGUCGAGGCGUUCUGUGCGCGUGUUCAGCAUUCCGACGAUACCAUGUCUACAUUGGCUGCUGACGUUGUCAAAUCGCCCCGAAAGCAUGGCGCGAAGAGCGUAUCUACAGCUACGAACACUGUGCCACGCUCGCCGUCUCCUACGUGUGUCAUGUUGGAAGCUCGGACGUCGCCGAGCAAGACGGAGGCUAGUUCGCCCACACCCAUCGAGCCGCACGUCGAUGCGUCGUGCUCCGAUGACGAUAUGCUAGCCAUGACGUCACUGCCUUCCCAGGCCGUCCCACACACAGAAGAGAGCGAUAUGCUAGUGGCCCCGGCGGACGAUGUCCUAGCUGAAGCGCCGGCCCCCUCUCCACGUCCUACGGCCAAGGCGUCGGAGGCCGACGAGGCGACCGUGUCGAACGAGCCGAUGCUUGCUUCUGAAGCCUCGAUGUCACUACCUGCGUUGACGCCUGGGACAGGGCUACGCACGAAACGUACGCUUGGCUCGGCUGUGCUACGCAGCACCAAGAAACCGGAUGUGAAGGACGCUCCGGCGCCGAAAGCGCCUACACGCUUCCGCUCCAGCUUCCUGAAUAAAAGCUUGCAUCAUGCCCUCGAAGAGCGGCAAGGCAAGGUGCCGUCGUCCUCUGACGUAGACGCGGACGAGAACAUGCCUAGUGGGCUGGCCGACGAUGCUCCGCAGGUGGAGUCGGAGACGACGGCGCAGCGAGCAGCUCGGCCAAGUCAAGGCCCCUCGCUCGAUGCGCUGCGUACGCGGCUCGAGCAUGUACGCCGCACGAGUACGACGCCUGCGUCGACGCAUACUCUCUCGCAUGCUACGUCUCGCUCGGCCCUCUCGCCCAAGGGCAAGCGUGAGGUACAGAAGAAGCCUACGACGGUCACCACACCGCCACGAUCGCCCAGUCGCUUGGAACGGCCAGCGACGUCGCAAGCACUCUCGCCCACGACGGCACGAGCGCCAUCGCGGCUGGACCGCUCGCCUAGCCGCUUGGAGCGGCCGAUGAGUCGCGUAGGCGGGAUGAAUCACCAUGUGCGGCCCGCUUCGCCGUGGCAGAGUCCUCAGCGCGACGCAUCUGCAGCCAAAGCUGCUACGCCGUUUGCACGUCGCGCCGUGGAAAGUCCCAAGAAAGAGCCUGUGCCUCCGUCGCCCAGUCGUCUUCGUGACGAUGCACGCUCGCCUUUUCGUGCGUCCAAGACGGCUACAACGUCGACCACGCCUGCGUCUGCCCGCUCGCGUCUGCCCGUCUCGCCCAGCCGGCUGGGCAUGUCGACGUCUGCAUCCAAGAUUCCCAGUCCUGUGCGCAAGCCUGUGCCGCCGAUCACGAUGGAUCAUGGGGCCGAGCGAGAGCGAGCGACGACGCCAUCGCUGCACACUGCACGCCCUGCCUCCGUAGCGGAUACGCGUGCGCCGCCACAUGGACUGGGAGCGCGGAUCAAGGGGCUCUUUGGUUUGCAGACCGGCACGCCAGCGGCAGCGCCGGCUCACCAGGCCGACACGUCAAUCACGACGCCGCCACGAGUGCGACCUGCCACGGCGAUGGCCACGUCGCCUUCGUCUCUGCCUAUCCGUGCCAAGGUAGUGCCUGCUCCGAUGCCCAAAGAAGAUACCUCCGAGACGCUCAUGACCUCCGCUUUGCAGGCCGCUGCGACGUCGUGGGACGACGACUUGCUGACGCCCAUGCCCGGCUCGUUUGACGAGGCCCUACCGUCUGCGCCAGCUUCGGCAGCGGUUCCUUCGCUCUCUGCGUCGACAUCGACGUUGCCGUCAGCGCUCACGACAUCACAGCGUGGCACGUCGUCCAUGGCCCCGACGCCGAUCAAGUUAAAGCCCAUGACCUUAUCGAAGAGCACGUCGACGCGGCCUGGCACUGCAGCGCCGCGUGCGCCAGGCUCCGUACGUACGUCCGUGCGUGUACCGUCUGCGCCUGUGUCGACUUCCGCACGUACGUCCAUUGCGGCAAAGCCCACGUACACCUAUGACAUGGACGGGAAACGCCGCAAACUCUCUCAACACCCCCUCACAGAGUCGACCAACUACGAAGGCCAUACUCGGGCGUCUACGGAAGAUGCGCUGAAAAGCAAGCUUACGACGCAAUCAGGCGUGCGUGUCAUCAGUGCGACGACCAAGGCCGUGCGUGCGUCCAGCGCUGCCGAGCGGCCUCCCUCGUCCGCUGCCACUUCGCACCGCGUAUGGUCCGGGUCUACAGCCACGGCGUCGUCACGCGCGCCGCCCACGACCACGACAUCGACGACGAAGCGCUCCAGUGCUAUCAGUACCCAGAAUGUGUUCCAACAAGCGCCUAUCCCGGCGUCGGCCGCACGCACUGACGAGGCAGUGCCAGCGGACGAUACGCUCCCGGACGUGGCCAGCGAAUACUCGGACUCGGACGACGAGGCCUCCGUUCGGAAACGCAAGCUCGAGCCGUCGUGGACACGCGGCCGCGAACUGGAAGAGUUGUUGUUGCAGCAAGCAUCUAUUGAUCCUGACGAGAUCUUUGGGUGCCAAACAGGGCCUGUGCCCCUCGAUACCAUGCUCCCACCUCGGCAAGGCGAUCGUCGCCGUAUGCGCCACCGCACAAGCUCUGCGAACUGGAAUGGCCCAGAUGGUCUCGCUCAAUGGGAAAUUGAUCGCUACAAUGAGCGGAUGGGUAUCCAUACAUCACGUACUACCAACAGCUAG